UAGGUGUGGGUGCAAAUAACCCUAACAAAAACUCUAACCGAAGGAGAAGGUUCGAAGUCUUCUUCCACGUGUCUUCGCCAAUUAAAAUCAAACACGUGUCAGAAGCUCUCUUCGCCAUUGUUCGCCCUUUGAGUUCGUUCGUCUGCGAUCUCUCCAACGAUCAACGAAACCAAAGAUCAAGCUUCCACCAUGGUGGUUCUCCAAUCACUAAAUCUCUACGCAGUACUAAUAUCCCUAGCGAUUCUAUCACAAGUUUCUCAAUCUCUCCACUUCGAGUUACACUCUGGUCGAACAAAAUGUAUAUCAGAAGACAUCAAAAGCAAUUCCAUGACCGUCGGGAAAUACACCGUUGUUAACCCUAACGAAGCUCAUCCUUCACCUCAAUCUCACAAGAUCUCAAUCAGAGUGACAUCGAGUUACGGGAACACGUAUCAUCACGCGGAAGAUGUUCAAUCUGGACAAUUCGCGUUUACGGCGGUGGAAGCUGGAGACUACAUGGCGUGUUUCACUGCUGUUGAUCAUAAACCGGAGGUUACAUUGAGUAUUGAUUUCGAUUGGAGAACUGGUGUUCAGUCUAAGACUUGGAGUAGUGUUGCUAAGAAGAGCCAAGUCGAUAUUAUGGAGUUUGAUGUAAAAAGACUGAUUGAAACUGUCAACUCGAUUCAUGAAGAGAUGUUUUAUCUCAGAGAAAGGGAGGAAGAGAUGCAAAAUUUGAACCGGGCUACAAACUCGCAAAUGGCAUUGUUAAGUUUCUUCUCUCUUUUCGUAUGCUUAGGAGUUGCUGCAAUGCAGUUUUUGCAUUUGAAGACGUUUUUCGAGAAGAAGAAAGUCAUCUAAGAUGGUUUUAGAUUAAACAUUACCACUUUUUUCUAUUCCCCUUAGUUUUUGUACAUUUAGAUCUUUGGCUUAAGCAUGUACUCUCCGAACUGGAAUUUAAAUGAAUGUGAGAGAUCACUGAGUUCAACCGAA